AUGAGUGACAACUUCACCGACACAAACAAGUACGCCACGUCACUGAACUUGGGCAGAUCAAACAGCCAGGAUAACACUUCAAGAAGUAAUAGUAUUGGUGGGAUACCUGUCAACCAAUUCAACAAUGGAGCUGAAGUGCAUCAAGGAUUCAAUAACCAACACCAAGCUCAAACGAGAAACUAUCCACCUAUUCAACCAUCUCCAGGGCUUCCAUCAUUGGCCCCUUUGAGACCCCUAGCUCAAGCUCCACCACAUCAUCAAAGAUCAGCUUCACCUCAACCAAUACAACCAAAUCAACAACAACAACAACCUUCACCCAAACCCAAUACAACUUCAACAGCCUCCGCACCUAAGAAAAGAGCUAAUAAUUCUAAUGAAACUAAGAGUAGAAAGAAACAGAAUUCACAGGAUGAAAAGAACAAGCUAAACACUUUAGCAAAUUUAGCAGUUAGCCCGACCCCUGAUGCAUCACAACCAGGAAAUUCUAAAACCCAAUCUACAUCACAAUCUAAUUCACAAGCCCAUCAACCCGCAGGUCAUCGUCCAGUCACAUCAUGUACACACUGUCGUCAACAUAAGAUCAAAUGUAAUGCUUCAGAAAGAUUCCCAGCUCCUUGUCAACGAUGUGAAAAGAUGGGAUUAACUUGUGAGAUUGAUCCACAAUUUAGACCUAAAAAGGGUAGUCAAAUACAAAGUUUGCGUAAUGAUGUUGAUGAAUUGAAACUGAAGAUUGAAUAUUUACAAAGAAAUGAAUCAUUAAUUGCUCAAGCUUUAGCUAACCAACAACAAGUUAGUAAUUUCCCAAGAAAUGAACAUGCUCCAUCAGUUAGUUCACCAUUAAACUCCAUGAGUGGUGAUUCACCACCAAGUGGAUCAACUUCUUUGAAAACUAUUUUGAAAAGAGAUCCUCAUUUAUUAGUUGAUAGAAGAAAUUCACAACCUGGUUCAAUACAGAGUAAUUCUCCAAGUUCAGCUCAACAGUUAUUGAAUGAUUCAGCUCCAACAAAUAGUGACCAUUCCAAAGAUCUUCCACCUUUCCUCGAAAUGUCAGUUAGAGCUAACACACCAGUUCCAGAAGAUCAUAUAGCCUCACCACAUUCACAAAGAUCAACUGCAUCAAGUAAUAUAACGGAAUUUAUACUUGGUGAUGUUAAUAUACCUUUGAAAAAAGCUAAUGAAUUACAUGAAAGAUUUAUGCAAGUUUAUAAUCCAUUUUUCCCAAUUAUGCAUUCAAAUAAUGCAUCUGAAUUAUAUUCUCAAUCACAAUUAUUAUUCUGGGUUGUUUGUUUAACUGCAUGUUCAUCAGAUCCAGAGCCAACAUUAUACAAUCAAUUAUCAUCAUUAAUCAAACAAUUAGCAAUUGAAACUUGUUGGAUUCGUACACCAAGAUCAACACAUAUUGCACAAGCUUUAUUAAUAUUAUGUAUGUGGCCUUUGCCUAAUCAAAAAGUUUUGGAUGAUUGUUCAUAUAGAUUUGUUGGACUUGCCAAAAGCCUAGGUUAUCAAUUAGGUUUACAUAGAGGGAAAUUUAUAAGUGAAUUUUCUAGAACUCAAGUUGCAUUACCAGAUGCUGAAAAAUGGAGAACAAGAUCAUGGUUAGGUAUUUUCUUUGCAGAACAAUUUUGGGCUUCACAAUUAGGUUUACCACCAUCUUUACAAACUGAUUAUUUAAUUGAAAAUGCAAGAAUUGAUAAAAAUUUACCAAAAAAUUUUAGAUCAUUAAUUUCAUUAUCUAUAUUUCAAGCUAAAUUAGUCAAUGUUAUGGGUUCAAGUGUUACAAGUCCCGAUGGAUUAAUGGAAGCAAGAAAUAGAGCAGGUUCAUUAGCAAUUCUUGAAAGAGAAUUAGAAAGACUUGUUUUCAAAUUAGAAAUUGAUGAUAUUUGGGUUGAAAUUUAUUAUUUAUAUGUUAAAUUAACAAUUUGUUGUUUUGCAUUUUUACCAGAAACUCCAACAGAAGAUCAAACAAAAUAUGUUACACAAGCUUAUUUAUCAGCAACAAGAAUCAUUACAAACGUUUCAAAGAUUUUAGAGACUAAAGCAUUAAUUGAAUUACCAAUUUAUAUAAGACAAAGUGUUUCAUAUUCAGCAUUUAUAUUAUUUAAAUUACAUUUAACACCAUUAUUACUGGAAAAAUAUAUUGAUUCUGCAAGACAAUCUAUUGUUACAGUUCAUAGAUUAUUUAGAAAUCAACUAUCGGCAUGGAAAGAUGUUGAAAAUGAUAUAUCAAGAACUGCACAAGUUUUAGAAAAAUUGAAUUUUGUCCUAUAUACACACCCAGAAUUAUAUACUAAAAAUGAUGGUAUUAUAACAAGAAUGAGAUCACAUUUAACAGGAUCAUUAUUUUAUGAUUUAGUUUGGUGUAUUCAUGAAGCAAGAAGAAGAACGUUAGAAGAACAAAAAAAUGGUAAAACUCCAACAAGACCACAAAUUCAACAACAACAGCAACAAGAUGGUGAUCGUAAAAAACCAAUUCCAUUGCCAUUUUAUAAUCAAAUUAAUAGAGAUGAUUUCCAAACUAUUACUACUACAACACCAGGUGGUACAACAAUUACAACAUUAGUUCCAACUGAAAAUGCAAUGACAACUGCUACUGCAAAUGCCACAGCUGCAGGGCUUUCUAAACCAAAAGAUAUUAAAGGUAUUCCAGUUAAUAUGUUGGAUUCAACAGGUUCAAUUGCAGCAUCUGCACUUGGGAAUAGUAAUAUAGCAUCAUUGAAUAAUUCAUCAUCAAAUUUACAAGAUUUAAGAAGAGUUGUUCAAAAAAAUAAUGCAAAUGUUUUAAAUAAUAAUAAUAAUAGUACUAAUAAUAUUUCAUCCUUAUUAACAAAUGAUUCAAAUUCAAUUUUAAAUAAUGGUAAUCAAUCACCAAAUAGAUUUAGAGACUCACAAUCACCGAAUGGAGCAACACCAACAGCAAAUUCAAAUCAAUAUCCAGUUAAUUUUGAUUUUAGUGGAGUUCAAAAUGUUCCAUCACCAAGUAAUCCAAAUUUUGGAAAUGGGUUUGAUAUUAAUAAUCCUUCAAAUUCAAAUGAAGGAAUUACAAAAGAAGAUUUUAAUUCAUUUUUCCAACAACAAAGUGCAGGUUGGAUGGAAGGUAAUGAUGAUGUUUUAGGUUGGUUUGAUAUGAAUAUGGCACCUGAAUUUUAA